AUGCGGCUGCUGCCUGUGCCGGUCCUGGCGCUGGUGCUGGCUGUGGGGUCCCAGGAGCAGGAGCUGCUCCCCAGGGAGUCCCACAGUCUCAACUGGAGCAAGUUUUCGGGGUUCUGGUACAUCCUUGCCAUUGCUUCCGACGCCCGAGGUCUCUUGCUGGGCAGAGACAAGAGGAAGCUGGGGGCAUCUGUGGUGAAGGUUCACACAACAGGCCAGCUGAAGGUGGUCCUCGCCUUUAACGGGGCGCGGGGGUGCCAGGCACACUCGCUGAUGCUGCGGAAGGACAGGAAGAAGGCCGUGUUCAGGAACACCUUGAAGGGGGUGAGGGGCUUCCGCGUGCUGUCCACCGACUACCACGAGGGCGUGGUCGACAUGCGCCUGGGCCGCGCGGGACAGACCGCCAAGAUGUUGCUGCUCUUCAGCAGACAGAGCACGUCCAGCUUCCUGAGUAUGAAAAAGUUCAUGGACAUUUGUGAGACUCUGAAGCUCACCAACCGCGUGGCUGUCCUCCCGAAAGACGCCUCCUGUGCGCACACUGUCCUGCCGUGA